GAUCAAAAUAAGCCACGGCACCCUUGUAUUAAUUUUUUAACACAUUUUCAGGCUUCGUCCUAGGCGCAGCAUUUCCUUGACACGGUUAUGAUAACAAUAUGCGUAGGUAUUAUUUCAUCGUACACAACAGCUUUUAGUUUUGCUAUGAAUAUGUGAAGUGUGUGCUUUUUCAAGUUUGUUAAUUUGCUUCCCCGGGAAGCGAUGUUUUAUUUGCAAAUAAUUUGUUUACUUGUUUAUUUCUAUUUCUACUCAUUAAUAAUUUAUGUUUCUACUAUAAUGGAAUCUAAUUUAAGAACAGUAAUAAUAAAAAAAUUAAUUAAAAAUGUAUUUUAAAAAUAUUUUUAAUAGCCUGCAGAAUUUAAACUAGUCUAAUUUAGUUUAAAUGGGGAUACUCCAAAAAUGUGUAGCUAUCCGCUUCCUGUACAGGUGCCCGUAUGCUGAAGCCAUUUUUGAUAUGUUACUGUUGAACACUUCCUGGAACGGAAUUGUGUAGUCAGCGACGGCAAAAUGGUGAGAUUAGCUUUUAUUGUAUUUCAAAGGAAUAAAGAAUAGUCUUAACUUGUGAAUUAACUUCAGAUGUUCAACUAUUUUUGAAAAAUUUUAAUGUGAUAGUCAUAAUAUGUAUUGCGUAAAGUGUUUAUUAUGACUCAUUUAUUAUUAUUUUCGACCAACGCCGGUCCAUCAAGCAAUCAGCAGUGCAACCAAAAAAGUGGGCGGGGACAAAUCGAAGUAUUUUCUGUCCAUUUGUGUAACAAUAUUUGUAUUGAUUGAUUUCAUUUAAACAGAUUAUAGCCUAGCUAUCGUUUUCUCCACUAUACCUCUUGGUUUGCAUCAACAUUAAAAAUUCUAAAUCAACUUAAACCAAACAAUAAACAAGGAUAAAAAUGAAAAUCAAAGUUUAAGCCUAGCUAGGCUCUGCUAGGACUGGGACAGAGGUACUGGAUUCCUGGCUAUAUUCACUAUUGAUACUCUAAAUUGCAGCAUACAGCAUAGUAUUGAAGUCUCAUAAGGUCACCAUGGGAUUGUCCCAGGCGUUGGGAUAGCCCUCUGCCUCUGAUCUGAACAUAUAUAUGAAUAUGUCCAAAACCAAAAUCUGGCCCUCUCUGCCCUCUGUCCAUGCCAUAAACGUUAAGUACCCCUGCCCUAACCUAUAAAAAUAUAUAUCAAAUGUGCAUUUAACUUUAAUUAAUCUAAUAUCAUGAUGAAUGUUAACUUUGUUAAGUGAUAAAAUGUGAAUGAUGUCAGAUUGAAUUGAUUAUCUGUUUGUUAGGCUAAGUGUGUCGAUACUCGUCCGCGCACCAUUAUGCAUAUUUCAAAAAAUGAAGCAAAAACUUUUGUGGCAAUUUAACAUUUAGCUCUGCGCUGAACUAGUUUUUGUAUCUUUUACGUCACAUUUUUCUAAUAAUAAAUUUAUUUUGUCAUGUAUUACAUAUAAUAUAAUAUUUGCUUGCCCAAGUCGCUCAUACAAUUUACACGCCAUGAGGUAAGCCACCAUUCUCUUGCUUUGUCACUUUGACCAUACAGUACCAAUUAGCUAAACACAUCUUAAGUACCAGUACUCUUGAUAAUUUUCCAUAAGUAUAAGAUCAUUUUAUUUAUGGUUUACUUUAUAAUAAAAAAUAAAUUAUAUAAAUUAUUAGAAAUAAUAAAAACAAUUAAAAUUGAUAUUAAUAUUUUGAAGCUUAAGUCUUAGGCCAUUAAUUGUAAUAAUACUAUAAUUAUGUAUACGCUAUAGUUACUCACUUUAUCUACACUUUUAAAAUCCUCAUUUAAGUAGGGCUGAAGUAUUUUCUAAUUUAAUACGCUAUUUCAUCAUAAAAUUUAAUUCAUUAUUUCAGUUAAAAUAUUGUAAAUCUUACAUGAUAUGUUUCUUUACUUUUAGUGUUAGACUACUUAAACUUAAAGAGUCUAGUGCUGUUAUAUAGGCUAUAUUACUUAUUAAAAUAAUUAAAUUUUUAGAAACAUUAAUUUUAUGUAUUAAUAAAAAUAAUUGUAAACUUAGUGACAUAAUAUUCUAAGACUAAGAUUUGUUUAAAAUUAGAUAAAUUUUUUCCCUUGUCAUAUUGGAGAUUUUCACAUAUUUUGGGGUAUAUAGGUAUUUGUAUAUGUUGUUAAAAUUACAUAGGUUUACAAGUAUAGAAAGUGUUUAAGAGCAUAGGAAGUAUUUAUAAGAGUGUAGGAAAGGUUUAUAAAACUUUAAUAUAUAUAUAUAUAUAUAUAUAUAUAUAUAUAUAUAUAUAUAAUAAAUUAAAUUAAUAUAAGAUCACCACGUAUGGGAUUUUGUCUAUCACUUAAAAUUACAUAGGUUUACAAGUAUAGAAAGUGUUUAAGAGCAUAGGAAGUAUUUAUAAGAGUGUAGGAAAGGUUUAUAAAACUUUAAUAUAUAUAUAUAUAUAUAUAUAUAAUAAAUUAAAUUAAUAUAAGAUCACCACGUAUGGGAUUUUGUCUAUCACAGUUCUACCUGGAAACUAACCCCAGCAAUAGAGGAGAGACCACUGUAUAUAUAAAGCUUAUACAUUUCUUAUUACAUAACAUCAAAUAAAUAUAUAAGAUUCAAAAUCAUCAUAAUAAUUAUAGUUUUAUCAUAACAUACACAUAUUUAACACUCCCAUUUAAAUCUUAAAAAGAAAUAAUUUUAAAUAAAUGCAAAACUUGAAUAAUACUAAUAAGAAACUAUAAAUUGUAUAGAUUCAGGAUUAUUACCAAUGUUUUUUGUAGGCUUCUUUUAGGUACCACAGAAAUUCUAAUUUUCUAUUGCAGAAAUCAGAAUUCUUUCCAUUGCAAUGAGGCACCUUUGGCAGUAGAAUGCAAACACAAAGUUUAUGGAAAAAAAAAUUGUGAUAUUCAUCAAACUAAACAAGAAGUCUUUAGAGCAUUCUACCCAGAAAAUGACUGGCAGAAGAUCCUCAUUACCUUUUAAUCACAUACCGGUACCGGUAUGCUGGUAUUAAUUAGUCUUAUGGGGGGUUUAAGUUGUUUUUAUUUAUAAUUUUAUGCUUUCAUUCUUUUUGACAAAGGCAUCUACUUACCUUAUAAGCAUUGAUUUAGAUUUAACUGACACAGAUAUCUUAUUAACUCACGAACUGUCAUAUAUCGGCCGUUACUAAAAUUAAUAUUAUGAACGCGAAUUAGAUUUUUUAAUAAUUUCUAUUAACCCAAAUAACUAUAUUUUCUAAACUGUAGGAAUAAUGUUUUAUUUGUCUGAACAACUUUUUUAGAUGAUAAAAGGGACGCAGCACUCUGUGUGAGUUGAAGAAACAUAAACAAUUGCACAAUUGUAGUCAGCGUUGAAAGGUUAAGGUCAUAUACACGUUACAUAGCUCACAGAAUUCAAACUUUCAUACCAUAUGAUUCCUUGUCCAAUUUACUGUUAGAAUAUCUAUACUUACUUGGGCUUUUGGAUUCAUUUUUAAUUACUUUUGGUACACUCUGUAAUAAAAACUCAGUCUACCUACACUCUGUAAUAAAAAACCCUGUCUACGUAUUUUAUUGAUACAUUUCAAAGUUACUAAAAAAGAGUUGACACCGCAUCAUGUUUACAUCAUACAUGUUUUUGUGUGAUUUGUUUAUGCUUUUAUAAAUUGAAUUAUUUUCACAUUUUUAUAUUAAAUUUUUAACUUAAAAUCAAAUAAAAUAAUAAAAAAUAGAAAGUUUUGAUGUUAUGUUUUGUUAUUCAUUGCGCUGAAUAUUACAUUGAGAAUGUCUCUUACAAUUUGGUACCAUUAUCUUUUGAAACAAAAAAAGUUGUUGGCAAAUACAGGCAAAAAAUAUGAAUAAAAGGCUUAAAAAAUUAAAAUAAUAUCUUAUAAAAUAUAGAAAGAUGAAAUUGGUCUUUUUGGAAAUCUUAUUUCUAGUCCUUUAAAAUGAUGUAUUUUGAUGGCAGUAAUAAAAUAUUUAAAAUUUCUGUCAAAGUUUCUUAAUAGGGGUACCCUACUAUUAAUAAUUUAUUUACUAAAGAUGUAUGCAAGGCCCAAGGUUCUGUUACUAUUCUUAUUGUAUAAUAAUUGUUAUAGACUUGUCAGUCUUGUUAUUCUGUGUAUGUAUGAGUAUGGCAGACCUAUAAAAAAACAUAGCCUACUAAAAAUAGAUAACCGUAAAUAUAAGACUAUAUUGAAUAGGCCUGCACAACUCAAAAUGUAAGGCGGGCCGUAAUACUUUAUGAAAAACUUGUGCGGGCAGAAAGAUAAUAGGACAGGGGGGAAAGCUAUUAAGAAAAUAAGAAGAAGAAUAUUUCGUUACUUCGUGGGCCGCAAAGUGGAUGCUGUAGAAAAUUAUUAAUGCACUAAAUAUAGGCAAUAAAUAGCUUAAUUAUAUGGUAUGACUAGUUUUCCCUAAAAUUUUAAGAUAAAAUAAAAAAGUUAAUUUUAUUUUGAUUAUGUUAUAUUUUAUUAGGCCUUUAUUCCUAAUUAUGCUUAAAGUACGAUUUUGGAUACCGGUAAUGACUUAUUUCAAUUUAAUGCACAAUUGUUUUGAAUGGCAUCGCAGAAGAUGGCAGUCGUUUUGAUUUCCACUUAUGUGAACAGAUGAAACACUGGAUAAAAGAAAACCAUUAACAUGGUUCUUCAGUUUAAGCAAUAGUGCUAAAAUUGUGCAGAUCAAGUCAACCAAAAGUUUCAAAAUUUCGAUUGUUCAUUUAAUGAUUAGCCUUAUGCUUCGUAAUUUAUUCUUUAUCUUGAGGCUGAAUGAAUUUUUUGAGAAGACAAAUAUUGAAGGAUCAUUUUUAAGCUUGCAUUUUUGUCUUUAGUCAAAGUAAUUAAUUUUUAUAUUGUUAAAAAUGAAUCAUUCUGCAAUAAAAACUUAAAACUGUUUUCUUAUUUCUUACAGACAGAACAACAGCUUGACUGUGCUUUAGAUUUGAUGAGGCGCCUGCCUCCUCAACAAAUAGAGAAAAAUUUAUGUGACCUAAUUGACCUGGUAAGAUAUUUUUGAGGUCUGUUUGCUGUUGUCAAAAUUGUGAUUGCUUGAACUGAAAAAUGUUAAUUUUGAGAAUUUAAAUACUAAUUUUCAAAACUAAACCUACUUAUCUUAUUUCUUAGGUUCCGCCACUUUGUGAAGACCUAUUGUCAUCAGUGGACCAACCAUUAAAGAUUGUUCGUGAUAAGACUGUAGGAAAAGAUUAUUUGUUAUGUGAUUAUAACAGAGAUGGUGAUUCAUAUAGGUACCUUAUAAAUUUUAUUUUAAAAAAAUGGAAGUCUAAAAAAUGAGACAGGGGUAUACACCAUGUAGCUGACCUAACUAGUUAAUAUCUCAAAGGUCUUGAUUAUUUUAAGUAUUUUAACAAUACAUUUUGUGUCCAUACUUUUCUCAAAGAUUUCUAGUGGUUUACAUUUUUUUGGAGAAUAUAUUUUUGAGUUGUAACUAUUCUGCUUUUUUUAAAAUAAAAAAUAUUCACUUAGAUCUCCGUGGAGCAACAGUUAUGAUCCACCUCUUGACGAUGGAACCAUGCCCUCCGAAUCAUUGCGCAAGCUCGAGAUAGAAGCCAACAAUGCAUUUGACCAAUACAGAGAGAUGUAUUUUGAAGGGGGUGUGUCCUCUGUGUAUUUAUGGGACUUGAACCACGGCUUUGCCGGCGUCAUCUUAAUAAAAAAAGCUGGCGAUGGUUCAAAGAAGAUAAAAGGCUGCUGGGAUUCCAUCCAUGUCAUAGAGGUUCAGGUACGUAUGAUAUUUAUGGUCUUGCAACUUGUACGUAUGAGAUUUAUUUAUUUAUUUAUUUAGGCAUUUUUAUAUAGCGCUUAUCAUAAAGCUCUAAGCGCUUUACAAUUAUUAAAACAUGUAAACUAAGUAAAUACAAAUGAGACACUAGGAUAGUAACUACUAUUCUAUAGAAACAAUGAAAAUGGCUAUAAAACGAGGACACUUUGACACUUCAGGAUCAACCCGAAACAGAAAAUGAGGAUUUAAGGUCUUGCAACUUGUACAUAUGAGAUUUAAGGUCUUGCAACUUAAUGCUUGAUUAAUAGAGGUUUAAAUACUUAAGAUAUUUAAGGUCUUGCAACUUGUACAUAUGAGAUUUAAGGUCUUGCAACUUGUACAUAUGAGAUUUAAGGUCUUGCAACUUAAUGAAUGCUUGAUUAACAGAGGUUUAGAUACUUAUGAUAUUUAAGGUCUUGCAACUUGUACAUAUGAAAUUUAAGGUCUUGCAACUUGUACAUAUGAGAUUUAAGGUCUUGCAACUUAAUGAAUGCUUGAUUAAUAGAGGUUUAGAUACUUAUGAUAUUUAAGGUCUUGCAACUUAAUUUUAAGGUCUCGCAACUUAAUUUUAAGGUCUCGCAACUCAAUGCUUGAUUAUAAAGAACCAACAGUUUCGGAAUAAUUUUUGCAAGCCUAACUAUAACAUCUGUUAUUAAUAUUUGUUCACAUCGCUGAUGUGUUGCUGUAUUUCUCGCCACUUUUGCCAAGACUGCGGCAAUGACGUUUAAAUUGUUUUCCUUUAAAAUUUGUAUCUGAAGGUCGUUUUGACCUGAGAACUUGAAUACAGCGUAGCCUUAACCUAUUAUUAUCUCUUUUUUCCUCUCAUGGCAGUUUUCUCUUAUUUUUUCAUUAGGUUGUGAACUAGUGUCAUCUUGUUGUUCCUGAUUAAAUGUAAUGGCUUUAUAAAUACUGCUUGGCUGUAUCUUGCAGGGUUUUAUUAUGUCUUACCUAUUUUGCUCUCCAAGUCCAGGGACAUUCAAUUAGUCAUUUUGAUUCUUUUCCAGGAAAAAUCCAGUGGUAAGAAUGCACACUACAAGCUUACAUCUACUGUGAUGCUGUGGCUUCAGACAAGCAAGGAAGGCUCGGGGACUAUGAACCUUGGUGGAAGCUUGACAAGACAGGUACAGGGCCAUUUUUAUUACUGUUUUGUUCUCUGUUUGGGGGGCUAUAAUCAAAUAUAGGUGGUUACUUCACUCAGUCUGUGACAUUUUUAUGUUUGCAUUAGUUGUUCUCAUCCUUUAUCGACCUCACUUAAGUUAGAUUUUGGUACUAGAUUUUAUUGCUGUUUAUUUAAUUCACAGUUUUAUUAUUGGAGUCACACUGAAAUAUUCAGAUUUUUAUUAUUGAUUCAUGUUUUUUUUUUAAAUAAGUAAUUUGAUCCCAGUCACCAGUUUCAUUUCAUUCAAAAGUCAGGUAAAAUUAUAGCAGUCAAUCCAACAAUGAUACUAAAUGAUAGCACUGAUGAUCAAUGGAUUUAAACCAAAUAUUGUAUCACAAAGGUUGAUGUCAACCAGCCACCAUGAAUGUUUUCUUCUAUGAGACAACACAAAAUUGACAUUAACAAAUUUUAUUUCACUUGUUAGGUAGAGAGUGAUGCAUCUGUCAAUGAAAAUUCACCCCAUAUAGUCAACAUUGGUAAAAUGGUUGAGGUAAGUCAAUUAAGUGUUAUUAAGUUUAAUUUGAAUUAAAGAUAUUCAUCUGUCAUUUGGAGAAAGGAGUUAAAAAAUUCUGAUAAUCUUCAGUUUUUUUACCUUCUACAUUAGAUAAACUUUUAUUUUAAGAAAAAAGAAUUUAACUCUCUGCAGUCUGAUGUUUUUUUCAAUUUUGUUAAAAAUCUUAAAGUGAUUUUUAAAAUAAUUAUCUCAUCUGAAAUAGCUCUGAUCUGAUCAGUUAUAAUUAUUAACUUGUUCAUCUUUGACUAAGCUAUAAUUAGAUAUUUUUUGUAUAUUUUCUUUUCUUAGUUAUAAAAAUAAUUAAAAUAUUAUUGGAAUUUUUUUUUUUUAUUUAUAGAAAAAUUUUGACAAAAUUUUCACACUGUAUGAAGGGAAAAAAACUUCCUUGUUAUAAAAUAGUUAAAAUUUAUUUAAAGAAAAUACUUCAUCAUCUAAUACAACCCAUAGUCAAAAAUGCAAACAUUCUAUGAAAAAUAAAAAAAAAGUUGUCAAUAUUUUAGCACAUUCUGUAUUUGUCAUUUUUUCAAAAAAAAUGAAGUAUAAUUUUUUUUUUAAUAAAAAUUAUGGUAUAUUUUAAAACUCAUAGAUUUUAUAUUAAAUAUAUUUCUUAAUAAUUCUUGAGUAAAAGAUAACUAAGCAAAAUUUGAUUAUUAUAUAAAUAAUUCAAAACAAGUCAAUGUUUUCUUUUUUUAAAUAUGUGAACAAACCAAUAAUUCUGUAGCUUAAGUGUAAAUAAAAUAAAAUUAUUCAGUGCAAUUCUGCUAAUUUUGAUAUUAUUUCCCAAUACUCUCAAUUCCUCACUAAUCUGAUCUUGCUUUUCCCAUAUAUAUUAUUAUAUAUCUUUGUUACAAUGCUCAACUAACACAGGCCGAUUAUGUACAGUUUUCCUAAAUUAUAAAUUAUAUUUAUGGACACUGAACAUUUUUGUUAUAGUUAUAAUAAUAAUUAAAUAAGAGCUUGUCUUGGACUUGAUUUCCACAUAAGAAUAGGUAAAAUUUUUCAUCACAGAACAUUCACUCAAUAAAGAACCUGUGAAAUAAAAAUUUGAUUGAUUCAUAAAUAAAUUUAACACUAAUGGUAUCAGUAAUGGUAUACUAUCAAUAAGGGCAAAAAAUACCAUUUAUCCUUGUCCAAGUACCUAAAUAAGUAUAACAGUAAACCAUUGUACAUAGAAAAUACAUUAUAACAUAGGUUAUAAAAAUACAUUAUAACAUAGGUUAUAACAAUAUUGUGAGUUUAUUAUUUAUGCAUUUUGCUACCAAGUGAUUAGAUAAAAACUUACCACUUAGGGUAAAAUCUACAAAGAUAUUCAUCCUGUAACUCUAUAAUAGGUAAAAGGGUGGAGUCCAGACUUAAUAUUUAAGAUGAAUAAGGAAUAAGGGCUUUCUGAUCCAAUAACUGCAUUUUUGUAUCUCUCUCUUCCUUCCCAUUAGAGUCAAUGAGCUUUUAAUAAAACAUAAAUGUUUUGUUUGUCAUUCUGUCUUGUUGUAGUCUUUACUAAUACUAGUGAUUAGCGAUAAUGAUAAUUAAAUUUAAACACAUUUCCACUGUGCAAUAGUAGGAAAUUUAGAAGAUGAUUCAUAUUUAAAAGAAAUAUAUGUAGGUAAUAACUCAGAAGUCCUUAACUUUAUACAUUUAUUUUAAUUACAAGCGUUGCCAUCGGCUGUAGUUUUCGGCUAUUUUUAGAAAAUAUUUAUCACACAUAGCCACACUGUUCAUUUAUUAUAAAAUUAUUGAAACUCAAUAAAAUUUAAAUAGAGUAUAUCAAUAUAAGUAUAAAUGAAUAAUAUAUACUUCAGCAAAUUAAAAUUCUAAAAAUAACACUUUAAUGUUUUAUUAUGAAUUUUAAAGUCGGGAAAUGAUAGUUAAAAUUAAGCUUACUUGUUUACGAUAACAUUAGUGGGUACUUUUAUAUGCAAAUCGGGAUAAAUUCCAUGAUUAGAGUCUCCGUUUGGAUACAUUUCUUUAGAAAAACAAAUAACGCCUUGAUAAAUCUUGAAAUUAAAAUCGUUUGACCUUAUUAAUACUAAUAUUUAAUUUUUUGUAACAGUAAUAUUAUUUUGAUUUUUGAAAAUCUGUGAAGCUUUUAAGGGAUACUCUGCGCUGAAUAAGUUUCCAAAAAUAAUUUUUUUAAAUAGUAAUUUCAAAUUUUGUAAUAAUUUUUAUUUUUUUACAAAUACUUAAGCCAAUGAAACAAAUUAUUAAAAUAUAAUAAAUCAUUUUUUUUAAAUAAAAAUUUAAGUAAAAAAAUAAAUAACCCACCUACAAAACGUAUGGUUUCUAAUAUGUACCAUUUCUCUUUAGUCAGACUGCAGAAAGUUAAUCAUUCAAUUUAAUAUUUAAAAAAUAGAGAAACAGAAGAAAUAUACAUUUUUCAUGUUCAUGUCUGCUAAAGGAAAAAAUAUGUUUUAUAUGAAUAAUGUUUGUUAAAGCUAAAUAACAUAAUGAUUUUAUAUUAUAAUAAAGCCUCACCAUAUUUAUGAAAUAACAUUAUUUGUAUAAUUUAAUCUUUAAAGAAGUCUUUGUACCACAUUCAGACUUAUGCAAUUUUUCAAUUCAAUUAAUAUCUCACAUGUUGCAAAUGCCAGAAGAGGGGACAGAUUUUGGCAAAUCUUUUUUGAAUUUGGUUGAUAAAAAUAAAAAUUCUUGGAAAAAUACAAAUGUGAUGCAAAUGGCUCAAUUUUUAUUAGAACUGACUAUGAUUUUAAAGACUCGCAACUUUUUAAUAAUGUAGAGGAGACCUACUUAGUACAAAUUGGCACAUAUUAUGGCUAUAUAAGUCUAAUACUAAUAGUGCAGAUAUGUAAAUAUCUUUCAGAGCCUCCAACUAUUCCAAUGUGUUUUUCCAAUGCUGACUCUUCAAUGUUAUCCUCCGAUUUCGAGGGCAACCCUUUCUUUAUGCAAGUUUGCCAUGCAGAUAAUUUGGUGUUUCUAUCAUUUUCGAUGUGAGCAGAACAUAUAUAUGCACAAACGAGUUUCAAAAUAAUUAAAUGUUUCGAUUUAGGCCGAAAACCUUGUAAUGCUCUUUGUUUCAGUUUUGCCAAAAGUCAUUUUUAACUUCUGGUUUGGUUUUGCUUACGUCUGAAACCAGAAAAUCUCAUGAAGUCGGUCUCAAUCGCACUUUAUGCAAAACCCUGAUCAUCAUUUUAAAGUUAAUUUUAAAAACAAAUAAUACAUCAUUAGUCUGUCAUUUUGUUCCUUAUGAAAAUGAACUAUUUUUAUACCCUGUUUUCAUUAUGAAAGUGAAUUAUUUUAAACCCAUAACAGAAGUGAAUUAUUUUAUAUUUCAAAACCAGGAAAUGGAAAACAAAAUUCGCAGCACACUGAACAACAUUUAUUUUGGCAAAACCAAAGAUAUAGUCAACAGCCUUCGCUCCAUUGAGCCUGUGCAAGACCCCAAGCAGCAAGCUGCCUUCAAGAAGGAUUUAUUCCAAGCCCUGUCACAGAGGACACAAGCACAGUGAGGGAGGGUACUGAGCUGGUGCAAAAUACUUAUUUUAAACAAAAAUCUAUUCUCAAGAGGGAUGAUUAAUGAAAAUAGACUGUCUACUCUUUUUUUUUUUUUUUUUUAUAUUGAUAAAUCAGUUUUAUUUUAGUUAAAUAAUUUAACAAGACCCAACUUUUGAAUGCAAUCAGUGGCUAAAAUCUUAAAGUUUAAACAAAAAUCUAUUCUCAAGAGGGAUGAUUAAUGAAAAUAGACUGUCUACUCUUUUUUUUUUUUUUUUUUAUAUUGAUAAAUCAGUUUUUUUUUAGCUAAAUAAUUUAACAAGACCCAACUUUAGAAUGACAUCAGUGGCUAAAAUCUUAAAGAGUUCUGAUUUUCUGAUUGUGUAAAUAAAGCAGUAAAUUUAUUUGUGGUAACCUUGGCAACCAGUGCACAAUUUGGCAAAGGGAGAAAUUUAAAAAAACUUUUCUUUUUCCACUCAUCAUUACUCGUUUAUUUUAUUAAUAAAUUAAUGUAUAUGAUUCGAAUGUAUAUGUUCCUGAUUCUUUCACGACCACCACCAAGGAGAAGGUUGGUCAUUCAAGCGUUUUUGGCAAAAGUGGGGAGGGGGAUUUAAUUAUGGAGUCUGAAAAAUUAAGAGAUUAACUUAACAAAUCUUUUUUUUACUACCAAUUUCUUUUUCUGUGUUACACUUAGAAGGAGAAGGAAGGGCAACACUCUUCUUCUCUGAAGAUAAAAGAUUAGAUUGCUUGUUUAUCUGCUAGGGAAGCAUUUCUCAUGCCUUUCAAUAAGAUUUUGUUUGCAAUACGUUGCUCUGAUCCUAGUGAGAAAUGCAAGUUGUUACUCAUAAAUAGUGAUCAUCUCAAACAUUGCUCAUUUGAUUUAGUCAGUUUACCGGAAGUGACAUCACAUUAGUGCAUACUGGGAAAAAUUCAGAUUCAAGUUUCCAAAUCCAUUUGAAAAUUUGUUCCACUGUAAAUGGCUAAACUGAGAUGAACUUGUGUAUAUUAAACAAUUGUUGGUUUUUAUUUCUAUUGAGCUAGGACAAUGCUGACAUUUAACACUAAUCAAUUCCAGAUUUCUAUUGAACUAGGACAAUGCUGACAUUUAACACUAAUCAAUUCCAGAUUUCUAUUGAACCAGGACAAUGUUGAUAUUUAACUCUAAUCAAUUCAAGAUUAUAUAUAUUUUUUUGUUGUCUUUUCACCAGCCCAACUUUUACAUUCUUGUAAGAAUGCUGCUAUCGAGUCACCUUCAUUUCCACAGACCAUAAAAAAACAAAUGUUGACUUAUGUGACUUUGAUGUGCAUGGAGUUGACUUGAAAUUGUUAAUGAAAUAUGUUUGGUGCAUGUUUUGUUAAUCAUGAUUGUAAGAUUCUAUAGGCACCUGAAGUCAUUGGUGGAAUGCCAGGUGGGCACUUCGACAUAUGCUCCCCCUCUUUUCUCCCCCCCCAUCCUGUCAUUUUUUCUAAAAACAUAUGAACAUAUUGGGAAGAAGAUAUUUUUAUGAACAGACACACACCACCCCUUUCUUUUUGUGUUCCCUCUGGUGCUCUAUUUAUUUUCUGGGUUAUUUUCUUCCAUUGAAAGCUCUGAUGUAAUUGAUGAGAUUCUUGCCUUGUGUGCUCUCAUUUUAUCAAGUUUCUCUACUGCCUCAACAUUGGUCAUACUUGGCCUAAUUCAACACUGACAGACAACUUUGCCGAGGCAUAGCUCAAUGCUGACAGACUUUAUGGUGAUGAAAGUUUGGUUGUAAUAGAGUGCUAAUAAAUAUUCUGUUCAGGUCAUCUAUGAAAGAGGAAUAAGCCUAACUGUGUUUGGAGGGUUCGUUCUAGAUUUGAGCUAUGUAAACAAGAUGUCUGUUGUUGUACUACAGCUGAGCAAAGAGUUUCCAGCAAGGGAGCUUAGGCAAAAAAGACAAAAAGGAGAAUAAUUUUAAAGAAACACUAAAUGUUUGAAUUGUAAGUCCUACAAAAGUUAGCUAAUUAGUCUUGUUAUCAUACCUGAACUACAUCAAUUGUUGUCAUGAACAAAUGUCUGCUUUCAAUAUGUAUCACUUGAACAUAAUAAAAUGGC